CUGGGGCUUCCUCUUUGGAGUUGAGUCAUUCUAUUCCGAGAUACUGUGCAUCAUGAGCACAAUAAGACGCCCAUCCAGAUCCUGAACCCUUUCUCCGCGCCGCCUCCAUCUGCGACUCGACUGACUCUCCUCACUUCCCGCUCCCACAUCACACCAUGGAGCACUUCUCCCCUCAGGACACGAAGAACGUCGCCGGACGAGCCGGAGGUGGUCCUUCGCCUGGCCCACCUUCCCAAUAUCCCCAAAGUGGCCGAUUUCAACAGCCCAGUCCUCCAGUCGGACCCCCCCACUCCCAGCAACAUCAAAUGCCACCAGGAAACACACCACCGCAGCAACAGGGCGGAGCGCCAGUGCUACCGUCCGGGCCGCCGCAAUUACCUCCGCAACUGUUCACAACUGCUGCGCAACUUUUAGAUUUAACCGACAAGAAACUUGUUCUGAUCCUUCGUGACGGUCGCAAAUUAAUCGGAGUGCUACGAAGCUGGGACCAAUUCGCGAACUUGGUCCUUCAAGAUACGGUCGAACGAGUUUAUUCCGGAAAUCUCUACGGAGAAGAACCGCGUGGCGUAUAUUUAGUACGAGGAGAAAAUGUCCUUCUCCUUGGAGAGAUCGAUCUCGACAAGGAAGACGAUAUACCUGAACCUUACCGUCAAGCGCCGUACAAGGAAGUUCUUGAGAUGAAGCAACGAGAGGAUUCCGAGCGAAAAAGGACAGACAAACGCCGCGGCGGGAAGCUACAAACCCUUGGGUUCGAGGCUGAACACAGUGGUGAAGUCUUAUUCUGAUACUUACAAGAAGCUACACAUCAGGCCACUAUAAGAUCGGUUUGAUGCUAUGUGGUUGACUAUAGGGGCCCACGAACAGAGGCCCUGAUGUAUUGAAAUUCUAUGCAUUGCCUUUGGCAGUAGGACCGGGGAUACCCAUGUCGAAGGCUUUACUGCCAGAAUCAUGGAAAUGGACACGAAAAGUCAUGUCCACCCCCGCUUAAACAUCCUAUCUACAGAACUGGGGCCUGCGCUUGGUUCGAUCGGACUAGCAUAUUCCAAAUGUUGGCGAGAAGCACAGGGUGCAUUAGGCGGAGCAGAGGGGGAGGACCAGAUCCAACUAUUGUUGAAUACAAGAGAUGCGAAGCAAACCGACCUGAACAUCCAAUUCUAUACUCUUUCUUUCGAAGGUCAA